AAGUUUUAACACUUUUCACGACCGCUUGUCCUUUUUUUUCUUUUCCAGGACGAGCACUACAGAGAAGACAAUCUUUCCUUGCGAAACCUUACUCUUUUGCUCUCCUGUUUAUACAUAUUUGGAGUUUGCUCCUGUGAUUUAAUAUACGACUUACUGAUCACAUUGAGCAAGCGGUUGACAGAGAUUGAUGUCUCUACUAUCUUGACAGUUUUACAGUGCUGUGGAAUGAAACUUAGGAGUGAUGACCCUGGUGCUAUGAAAAGUUUCAUUGUCACUGUUCAAAAUAGUGUCAAUGAAUUGAAGACUUCUUCUGGAGAUGGCCAAACAAAGAUAAAUGGAAAAAGAAUGGAGUUCAUGCUUGAAACCAUCUGUGACAUCAAGAAUAAUAAGAAGAGGUCCAAGGAGGAUUCAGCACCCCGUACACGGUUAAAGAAAUGGCUACAGAAGCUAAGAGUUGAAGAUGUGUUAAUAAGAGGACUCAAAUGGAGCAAGUUACUUGAUCCUGGGAAAAAAGGUCAAUGGUGGUUGUCUGCAGAUAUGCCUGUCUCAUUACAGAAUGCGGAAGAGGUUGCUAGCACGAUUGACAAAGAGACUCUUGAAGCUCAAAAAUUGCUGCAGCUUGCUGCUGCUCAGAGAAUGAAUACAGAUGCUAGAAGAGCAAUCUUUUGUAUAAUAAUGAGUAGUGAGGACUAUGUUGAUGCAUUUGAGAAGCUUCUGAGGUUAGAUUUGUCUGGGAAGCAGGAUAGAGAAAUCAUGCGGGUUGUUGUUGAGUGCUGUUUGCAGGAGAAAGUCUUUAACAAGUACUAUGUUGUUCUUGCUUCCAAGCUGUGCCAGCAUGACAAAAACCACAAAUUUACUUUGCAGUAUUGCUUCUGGGACCAUUUCAAAGAACUUGAGUCAUUGUCCCUACAAAGAUCAAUGCAUCUUGCAAAACUUGUUGCAGAGAUGAUUGCAUCUUUCACUCUCUCACUUACAGUAUUGAAAGCUGUAGACUUCGCCGAGGCCAAGCACUUGACACCAAAGAGAAUCAUGCAUUUCCGGAUGCUAUUUGAGACCAUACUUGAGCAUCCUAAUAACCUCAUCUGGAAUAUCUUCACCCGUGUGGCUGUCAAUCCAGAGUACGAAACUCUUCGGAACGAUAUUGAGUUCUUCAUGAAGGAAUUUGUGGUGAAAACCAACAAAACCAUUCUAAACAAAUUCAAGGUUGCAAAACAAGCCCUUGGUAAUGCAGAAGGAAUCCUCAAGUGAGCUCUAUUUUUGCACUUGUAGUCAGCUGUUUUUUGUGCGCCAAGUUUUGUAAUUUAGAUUGUGAUUUGAUUAAGGUAAGUUAUGCCCAAUUUAUUUAGAGAUUAGGAAAAAAGUCAGUAUUAUGUAACAACAUAAUCUAAAUGUAAAAAACAGUUCUUUUUGUUUGUUUGUUCUCAUUUACAUGUUAUGAAAUAAAUUACGUACGAAAGGAAUUUCAUCCUUU